AUGGAGCCUGGCAAGCGUCUCGACUCCUCAUGUGUGACCUCGGGCUCACGCGUGCUGGUGAAGUACGCUGGGGAGCGCGAGCGGCACGAGAGGCCGCUGGUCCGACCGGCGAGCAAGAAGAUGUACGCCAAGUGCGCUGGAGUGAGCCUCCUCGGGCUCUACCUCACGGGUUUCAAGGGGAUCGCUCGGGUGGCCGGCCAGUUCUCGGGCUUGCUGUCGACGCGGGCGAACGGGUCACAGACAGCCGAGUCCCUGGUGGGAACCGCGUCAUACCUCUCUCACGCGCCCGGCUUCGGCGCCCCGCCGACGUUCGUGGAGACGAAUGAAGCCCUCGGGGAACGCGAGGCCGAGGAGGAAGUCAAUAGGGGCGGCCACCCAGAUGACGGAGGGGCCCCGCUGGCUGCGGUUAGCUUCGCCGGAGGAGCUGUGCCGCUCCCGCGCCCUGGGCGCGGCGCCUGGCGAGUGCUGGCUUCGUCUCGUGGAGGCGCUCGCAGCGAUGCUGGCGGGGCCACGUGCAAUCGCUGCGUGAAGGCGGAGAGCCUGGGGCUGGGUCGCAUUGUCGACGGGGUGGUCGCCUUCAGGUGCGACGUGGAGGAGGGCGACGGCUUCUGGGGCCGGGGGGUGCUCGAGGGCCCCGGGGCCCACCUUGGCACCGCCGCGCCCACGGAGCUCGACGCCCGCCUGCUGAACGUGACGCGCCAUAGCAAGGGGUUCGCUACCAAGCACGAGGUGGCGAUGCGCGGCCUCGAGCACGUCGUGCUCUACGACCAGCUGAACGUGGGGAAGCUCGCUUGCACAGAGUUGCCCUGGGCGCGGGCCCAGCCGUCUGAGCUCAAGCACAAGGAGAAGCUCCUGCUGGUAGACGCCGCCAACGGCUACGAGGCCAACGAGUACAGGCACAUGGUCACGAACGCCACUCGCGGUCAGGUGAUGGUCGGGCCAGUGCUGGAGGAGUGCGUCUCCUCGCACCUGCAGACGGAAGGAUCCGUCUUGAUGGAGCGUUGGAAGCGGAUGGAGCAUCGUGAUCUGAUCCGGCAUUUUUGCCACGCGUCUACGCCUAGCUCGAGCGACGCCAUGGCCUACGGGUUCGCGGCCAAGCGAGAGCACGCCGCGCAGAGCGGCCAGCGCGACGUGGGUUCCACCAUGAACGUGCCACGGAAACUCUUCCCAAUUCUUCUUCCUUUCCCAGCUACCUCCAUCGGGGAUUUCUUGGACAGCUCGGCUGGAUACGCGAGUAUCAAGUGGCGUUUGUGGGCCAAUAAGACGACGAGGAGCAUCAGCCGCAUGUGCGGCUGCUCGGACUUCGACUCAGGGUCCAGCAAGCCGUCGGCCGGUCAGAUGAGGGUCUUGGAGCGCACCUCCAAGCUGGUGGCUUCCUCUGGCCCGCCUACUUGCACCUCCGCGGGAGCCUUUCAUGAGCUUUGCGGCGCCCGAGCGGGACAAGGUUACGACAUGGUCGACGCCCCGAGGGCGAGGUGCCAGCCAGGUUUGGUCUUGCUGCCCAAGGAGGGCGGCCUGACUGACGGCAGCUCUUGCCUACGCGGAGCUGCACUCGACUUUGGCGCCGAUGGCAGGUGGGAGUGCGCUAGAUUCUGCUCAUCACUGUUCAACGCUAACAUGCUGGAGCUCGGGGGCUACGAGGGCCAGACCGUCGGCGUUUUCUUUGUCUCGAAGAAGGACCACGCGCUCAGACUCAUCCUUGACACGCGGCCUCAGCAGGUUUUUGUCAGGUUGCCGCCGGUCGACGUGGAGUCGCUGCGCGCCCUGAACCCGGUCGCAGCCCGUGGCCUGUCGGGUAAAAGGGCCACUCCCCGACUCUGUGUUCUCGCUAUGGGCUGGCCGUGGUCACUUUACUUCUGCCAGGAGAUGGCGAGCACGGCGGCGACGUCGGCGGGUUUCACGGAGUCCGACAUGUUGCUGGACAAGCGUGCGAGCCCGAACUUCCGCGAGCUGGAGUCAGAUGCCACGAGGGCGGCCGUCUACGUGGGCAACGUCGGCGUCUUCGGACAGGAAAAGCCCAGCGUCGACCUCAAGGCCCACGACGCCUUGGUGGCCUUGGAGCGCGCAGGGCUGGCCUGCAAGGGUGUCGAGCCCGCUGGAGGCCGCCAGGAGUUCACAGGUCUUCUGCUCGACUCCGACUCUGGCAGCAUCUCGGUCACAUCCAAGCGCCUGUGGCGGGUUCUUUUGGCCUGCUUGCGCGCGCUGGGACUUGGCCGCAUGAUGGGGAGGGAGCUCCAAUUGCUGGUCGCCCACUUUCCGUGGGCUGCUGUCAUGCGAAGGGAGUUGUUGGCUUUGCCGCGCGCCUGCUACCGCUUCAUCGAGGAGGCCGGCGACGCCAGAUGGAAGCUGUGGGGCUCCGUGAAGACCGAGCUCCGCAUGAUGUGCUCCUUGAUCGUUUUCGCCUUCACUGACGCGCGCAGGUCCUGCAGCCCCAUUGUGACCGCCACCGACGCGUCGACUGGGGAGGACGGCAGCGACUUUGGCGGCUUCGCCGUGGUGCAGCGGGAGGCCCCUGUCGCGGAUGUCAGCCGCGCUUGCAGGAUCGCCGAGGGCUGGCGCCACUUGGUGGAUGACGCCAUUGACGCUCGCCGCCACGCGCUGGAGGCGUACGAGCUCGCGGACGCCAGGAUGAUUGGCAGCUGCGCGUGCGUGGGCGCUGGGGCGCUGAGGAGCGCAUCCUCCGUCUCGAGGGGCGUAGUGCGAUCGUGGGAGUCCGCCACGUGCUUCGUUGUGCUGAAAAUCACGGUCAGGAUCAUCUCGUUCUGGGCGACGGCCCGGCCGGCCGAGCCGCUGCCAACGGACAUGGCCACGGCAUACGGCGCGCCGGCUUGGGGGCGCCGGCGGCAGCAGCGGCGGGCCGCCCACCUCGAGAGCGCCCAGCUGUGCAGAGAGCAGGGCGCCACCUUCCUGGAAGUCUGCUCGGUCCGCGGCGCGACCGCGGACCUUUACGACGCCUACCUGGCCACCUUCGAGCGCUGGGCGGGGAUCGUCAUCUGCGAGCGGAGGACCGGGGAACUGGUCGCCUACCUGAUGGGCAACUGGGAGUACCCAGAUUCCGAGGGCGAGAACCACUCGGCGGCCUCGAAGCUGCUUGCAGCGCUGGAGUACAGGUACCUACGGCUCAGGAAGGGUUGCCAAAGCCUCAGAAGCGUUGCCCUCGCACUCUUGAUCUGCUCCCUCGGCUGCCCCAAACCCUCGCAGCUGGUCAAGCUGAAGGGGCCGCUGCUGGUGGCCCCUGCGGCGUGCUCGGCGACACGGCACUGGAUGCUGCUUCCGUCGCCCGCAGAGGGGAAUGUCGGGAGCAAGACCGACGAGUUCAACGAGAACGUGGCGCUGGAUCAGGAUGCAGAGAAGCAGCUGGGGCCCAGGUUUUUCGAGCUGAAGCACAAAGCCAGCCAGGGCAUGCUCUGGACCUUCGACCAGCUGCUGCUCUCGGAGCACGCCGGGACCCUGGCGGAGCUCAGCGGCGUGUCGAUGUUCCGCCCACACCCACACUGCCUUCGCCACAGAAGAGCCAGCUACGACAGUCUCACAAAGCGCCAGACAUUCGAGCAUAUCAAGCGCCAAGAGCGCUGGAAGUCCAACGCCAGCGUGAGUCGCUACAGCCAGCACGUGCGGGUCGCCAGCAAAGCCAUCGAGCUGGCCCUCGCCGUGCACCGCUACGGCACCUCCAUCAACCAG